GCCGCACCGCGCCGGGCUGAAGGGGCGGAUCUUCUCCGGCAUCGGUCGGGUGCCCGUGCAGGAGGCGCCUGCCAAAAAGCGCAAAGGCAGUGAGGGCGCCGUGAUUCCGCUCGGGCAAGUUCAUAAAGCAGCUGCCGCCGGAGAUUGCAAAGGAGAUCGAGAUGGGGUCCCAGACACGCUUGUGGGGCGCUCUGCAUUUGCCUUCAAGAAGUUGGUCCGCUACAUUGCGCGGCAUCGCCUUGGAUCCGUCAAGCUGGACAUCAAGAACUCGUUCUUCCAGCUCUUGAACCGACAGAAGCCGCUGCCGCCCAUCAUGGCGGAGUACCUGGACCACCGUGAGGAGAAGCUCGCGCAGAUCGGCCGCGUGCUCUUCCACAAGCUGCCCGAGGCCCGCCGGCGCAGCGUGGCGAAGGAGCUGAUGAUUGCCCUGGGCUUUGGGGGUGGUUCGCAAACUGGACGAGCAAGGGCCGCCCCACUGCCUCGGCCCUGUACGCCCAUCACGAAGGUUGCAGAUGGAGAAGAUGGCGGCGGCAGCAGGAGGGCCUUCAACGACCACCAGCACGACGGCAUCGGGGCCCUCCGACCCGUGGGCAUACGCGGCGGGAAGUACCCCAACUUGGAUUGGAGACUCAAGUCGAAGAUGGAAUUCUCCGAGUUCCAGCGCGCAGCAGCACGUCAUACUUGGACGGGCGAGGGCAAACACCGUGGACUUUGCGAAGCUGGCGGCGGCGGUCUACACGUUCCGGUGGAGGGGGUGAGAGAGACCACCUACGAAAGCUUCGAGAAGGGAGGCUUCUGGCUGGUGCGAAGCCGGGACGACUUGGGCCAGACCGUGGAAGACCUGAUGUGCAAGAUGUGUUGCCCGGUCUUUGAGACAGUCGAUGGGAACUGCGUGCCGCCGCGCCUCUCAACGAUAAUGCCUUCUUCACCGGUCUGUCCUCGUCCGUUCUGGGGCGUCUGGCAGCCGGCGGACCUCAACAGCGACGAGACACGGCACAAAAUCCUCUUUUGCGACGGCAUGCUCUACGAUUUCAAGGAGCGUGUCCUCCGAUCACCGAUCCCGCCGACCGCACGGCUUCCACGCAAGGCGACCUCAGAGAUGUGGCAGCCGAGCAAGGCGACCAAGCUCUUCGAGCACAUCCUGGCUUUCUUGAAGGAGCAUGUGAAGACGGGGGUGUGUCUGCUCGAGGCCAGCGAGAAUGGCAAACAG